CUCCUCCGCUGCUCCUCACUCCGCUGAAGCGCGGCGCUCCCGGCGCGCUUGGCACGGCCCCGUCCUGCACUUCUCUCCUUCUUCCUUCCUUCUUCCUUCCCCUCCCCGAUUCCCCCCCACCUCCCAGAAAGAAGGGGCACCAUGAUGAGCAGCGGCGGCUACCUGGAGCCGCAGCUCUACCACGGCCAGCCCGACCAGGGCGCACAGCACCAGCAGGAGGACGAGGAGGAGGAGAUGCCGGCCACGGAGAAGGACCUGGCCGAGGACGCGCCCUGGAAGAAGAUCCAGCAGAACACGUUCACCCGCUGGUGCAACGAGCACCUGAAGGUGCUGAGCCGGCGCAUCGGGGACCUGCAGCGGGACCUGAGCGACGGGCUGCGGCUCAUCGGGCUGCUGGAGGUGCUGAGCCAGAAGAAGAUGUUCCGCAAGUUCCACGCGCGGCCCAACUUCAGGCAGAUGAAGCUGGAGAACGUGUCGGUGGCGCUGGAGUUCCUGGAGAGAGAACACAUCAAGCUGGUGUCCAUAGACUCCAAGGCCAUCGUGGACGGGAACCUGAAGCUGAUCCUGGGCCUGAUCUGGACCCUGAUCCUGCACUACUCCAUCUCCAUGCCCAUGUGGGAGGACGAGGACGACGAGGACGCCAAGAAGCUGACGCCCAAGCAGCGGCUGCUGGGCUGGAUCCAGAACAAGGUCCCGCAGCUGCCCAUCACCAACUUCCACCGCGACUGGAGGGACGGCAAGGCGCUGGGCGCCCUGGUGGACAACUGCGCCCCCGGUCUGUGUCCCGACUGGGAGACAUGGGACCCCAACCAGCCGGUGGAAAACGCCCGGGAGGCCAUGCAGCAGGCUGACGACUGGCUGGGAGUGCCACAGGUGAUCGCCCCGGAGGAGAUCGUGGACCCCAACGUGGACGAGCACUCGGUCAUGACCUACCUGUCCCAGUUCCCCAAGGCCAAGCUGAAGCCCGGGGCCCCCCUGAGGGCCAAGACCCUGCACCCCAAGCGGGCCAAGGCCUACGGGCCCGGUAUUGAGCCCAGAGGGAACACGGUUCUGAAGCCGGCGGAGUUCCUGGUGGAGACGGUGGAGGCCGGACUGGGGGAGGUCCUGGUCUACGUGGAGGACCCAGAGGGACACACCGAGGAGGCCCGGGUCAUCCCCAACAAUGACAAGAGCCGGACCUACUCCGUGGUCUACCUGCCCAAGGUGGAGGGUCUCCACAAGGUGAAGGUUCUGUUCGCCGGGCAGGACAUCAACCAGAGCCCCUUCCUGGUGACCGUCUCCAAGGCCCUGGGCGACCCCACCCGGGUCCAGGCCCGCGGGCCGGGGCUGCAGCCCACGGGCAACGUGGCCGGAAAACCCACCUACUUCGACAUCUACACCGCAGGGGCCGGAGCCGGGGACGUGGGCGUGGUCAUCGUGGACUCCGGCGGCCGCCGGGACACGGUGGAGGUGGUCCUGGAGAACCGGGGGGACUCUGUGUUCCGGUGCACCUACGUUCCGGUCCUGGAGGGGCCCCACACCGUCUACCUGACCUUCGCCGGCCAGCAGGUCCCCAGGAGCCCCUUCACCGUCCACAUCUCUGAGGUUUCCCAGGGCGCCCCCCCUCCUCCGGGGUCCCCGGUCCAGAUCGUACCGGUCCGCACCCCCCCCUCCGACCGGACCAGGAGGGCCCCCCCCCCGACUCCUCCCAAGCCCCGGCGACCAACCUGUAACCCGAACGCCUGCCGGGCCGCGGGCCGAGGUCUGCAGCACAAGGGCCUGAGGGUGAAGGAGGUGGCGGACUUUAAGGUGCACACCAAAGGAGCCGGCAGCGGGGAGCUGAAAGUCACCGUGAAGGGACCCAAGGGUCUGGAGGAGCCGGUGAAGAUCCUGGAGACGGAGAACGGCGUGUUUGAGUGUAACUAUUACCCCGUCAUGGUGGGGAAAUACGUGGUGAGCAUCGCCUGGGGAGGAAUCGCCAUCCCACGCAGCCCCUUCGAGGUGCAGGUGAGCCAGGAGGCGGGGCCCCAGAAGGUGAGGGCCUGGGGUCCGGGCCUGGAGACCGGCCUGGUGGGGAAGAGCGCCGACUUCGUGGUGGAGGCCAUCGGCACGGAGGUGGGAACUCUGGGUUUCUCCAUCGAGGGUCCGUCCCAGGCCAAGAUCGAGUGCGACGACAAAGGCGACGGGUCGUGUGACGUGAGGUACUGGCCGACGGAGGCGGGCGACUACGCCGUCCACGUCAUCUGCGACGACGAGGACAUCAAGGACAGCCCCUUCAUGGCUCACAUCCUCCCGGCGGCCAGCGACGUCUUUCCUGAGAAGGUGAAGUGCUUCGGUCGAGGUCUGGAGCCCGUGGGCUGCAUCGUCAACAAACCGGCGGACUUCACUGUCGACACCCACGGCGCCGGCAGGGGGGAGCUGAAGCUCUACGCUCAGGACGCCGACGGCUUCCCGAUCGACGUGCAGAUCACGGAUAACGGAGACAGCACCUACUUCUGCGUUUACAUUCCCACCAAACCCAUCAAACACACCAUCAUCGUCACCUGGGGCGAGGUCAACGUCCCCCACAGCCCCUUCAGGGUGACCAUCUGGGAGGGCAGCCAUCCGGAGAACGUGAAGGUGUACGGUCCGGGCGUGGAGAAGUCGGGCCUGAAGGCCAACGAGCCGACCUACUUCACCGUGGACUGCAGCGACGCCGGACAGGGUGACGUCAGCAUCGGGAUCAAGUGCUCGCCCGGCGUGGUGGGACCCGCCGAGGCCGACAUCGACUUCGACAUCAUCAAGAACGACAACGACACCUUCACGGUGAAGUACAUGCCCCCGGGACCCGGCCAGUACACCAUCAUGGUGCUGUUUGCCGACCAGGAAAUCCCCGUCAGCCCCUUCAGAAUAAAGGUGGACCCUUCCCACGAUGCAGCCAAGGUCAGAGCAGAGGGACCUGGACUCAGCAGGACGGGUGUGGAGGUGGGUAAACCCACUCACUUCACCAUUUACACGAAGGGAGCCGGCAAAGCCAAGCCCGAGGUCCAUUUCACCGGAGCGGCCAAAGGCGACGCCGUGCGGGACUUCGAGAUCAUCGACAACCACGACUACUCGUACACGGUCCGCUACACGGCGAUCCAGCAGGGGAACAUGUCCAUCACCGUGUGCCACGGAGGAGACCCCAUCCCCAAGAGCCCGUUCAGCAUCGUGGUGGCCCCCCCACUGGACCUCAGCAAGGUUAAAGUCCAGGGGAUGAACAACAAGGUGGACGUUGGGAAGGACCAGGAGUUCUCUGUCUGCACCCGGACCGCCGGUGGUCAGGGGAACCUGGACGUGAAGAUCUCCUCGCCGUCGCGCCGCCCAAUCCCCUGCAAGCUGGAGUCGGGCGGCCCCGAUGAGCUUCACGCAGUCAAGUACAUCCCCCCCGAGGAGGGGCUGUACCGCGUGGACAUCAGCUACGACGGAAACCCCAUCCCCGGGAGUCCGUUCACCGUGGAGGGCGUGAUGCCCCCCGACCCUUCAAAGGUGCGAGCGUACGGCCCCGGCCUUCAGGGCGGCGUUGUGGGUAAACCCGCCCCCUUCGCCAUCGACACCAAGGGCGCCGGCACCGGCGGCCUGGGCCUGACGGUGGAGGGGCCCUGCGAGGCCAAGAUCGAGUGCCAGGACAACGGCGACGGCUCCUGCUCCGUGUCCUACCUGCCCACCGAGCCCGGCGAGUACGCCAUCAACAUCCUGUUCGCCGAGCAGCACAUCCCCGGCUCGCCCUUCAAGGCGCUGGUCCAGUCGGUGUUCGACCCCGGCAAGGUGACGGCCAGCGGGCCGGGCCUGGAGCGCGGCCGGGUCAACGAGACGGGCUGCUUCACGGUGGACUGCUCCCAGGCCGGCGAGGCCGAGCUCACCAUCCAGAUCAUCUCGGAGGCCGGCACCGAGGUGGAGGUGCACGUGCAGAACAACAGCGACGGGACGUACGCCAUCACCUACAUCCCGCUGAGCCACGGCAUGUACACCGUCACCAUCGACUACGGGGGCCACGCCGUGCCGCAGUUCCCGGCCCGCCUGCAGGUGGAGCCGGCCGUGGAGGUGUACGGCCCGGGGGUGGAGCCCAGAGGCGUCCUGAGGGAGGUGUCCACUCACUUCACCGUGGACUCCAGGGCCCACUACCAGACCGGUGGGAGCCACGUCAAGGUCAGCGUCUCCAACCCGUCGGGCGCCAACACGGAAGCCUACGUCUCCGACAAGGGCGACGGCACCUACCGGGUGGAGUACCUGCCCUACGAGGACGGUUUGCACCUGAUUGAAGUUCUCCUGGACGACGUCCCGGUCCCCAAGAGUCCCUUCAGGGUGACGGUGGCCGAGGGUUGCGACCCCAGUCGGGUUUGUGCCUUCGGUCCGGGUCUGGAGGAGGGACUGGUGAACAAGUCCAACCGCUUCACCGUCGAGACCAGAGGUGCAGGCACUGGGGGCCUCGGCCUGGCCAUCGAGGGCCCGUCCGAGGCAAAGAUGUCCUGCAAGGACAACAAAGACGGCAGCUGCAGCGUGGAGUACAUCCCCUUCACUCCCGGAGAGUAUGACGUCAACAUCACCUUCGGAGGUCUUCCUAUCCCCGGAAGCCCGUUCCGUGUCCCGGUGCGAGAGCUGGUGGACCCCAGCAAGGUGAGGUGUUCAGGUCCUGGUCUGGGAGGGGGAGUCCGAGCCCACGUCCCCCAGACCUUCACGGUGGACAGCAGCAAGGCGGGUGUGGCCCCGCUGGAGGUCCUGCUCUACGGGCCGACAGGUCUGGCCGAGCCGGUCAACGUCACCGACAACGGCGACGGCACCCACACGGUCAACUACACCCCCGCCAACGACGGCCCGUACACGGUGUGCGUGAAGUACGCCGACCAGGAGGUUCCUCGCAGCCCUUUCAAGAUCAAAACUCUCCCGGCCCACGACGCCAGCAAGGUCCGGGCCAGCGGUCCGGGCCUGAACGCCUCGGGGGUCCCGGCCAGCCUCCCGGUGGAGUUCACCAUCGACGCCAGGGACGCCGGGGAGGGACUGCUGGCGGUGCAGAUACUGGACCCAGAGGGGAAACCCAAGAAGGCCAACAUCCGAGACAACCGGGACGGCACCUACACGGUGUCCUACGUCCCCGACAUGACGGGCCGCUACACCAUCACCAUCAAGUAUGGCGGAGACGAGAUCCCAUACUCACCCUACCGGAUCCACGCCGUGCCCAGCGGAGAUGCCAGCAAGUGUCUGGUCACAGUGUCGAUCGGUGGACAUGGACUCGGCUCAGGUCUCGGUCCAACCAUCCAGAUCGGAGAGGAGACAGUCAUCACAGUGGACGCAAAGGCUGCUGGGAAAGGUAAAGUCACCUGCAAGGUGUCGACGCCGGACGGGGCGGAGCUGGAUGUUGAUGUCGUGGAGAACGCGGAUGGGACCUUCGAUAUUUACUACACUGCUCCGGAGCCGGGGAAGUACGUGAUCACCAUCCGGUUUGGAGGGGAACACAUUCCCAACAGCCCCUUCCAUGUGGUGGCCUGUGAAAGUGUCCCAAUAGUCGAGGAACCAUGUGACCUCCUUCAAGUGCAGCCCCCGUUCUCGCCCUUCGUGGGCGUCGCCCGUCCCUGGGCCACCGAUGAUCCGAUCAGCGCCGUCGACGCCAUGGACCCGACGCUGCGUCCCUUCAGUCUGGUGAUUCCCUUCACCGUGCAGAAGGGAGAGAUCACAGGUGAAGUGCGGAUGCCGUCCGGUCGGACAGCUCGUCCUCACAUCACCGACAACAAGGAUGGAACGGUGACGGUGAAGUACUCACCAACUGAACGAGGCCUGCACGAGAUGGACAUCAAGUACGACGGCAACCACAUCCCAGGAAGUCCUCUCCAGUUCUACGUUGAUGCCAUCAACAGUGGUCAUGUGACAGCGUACGGUCCGGGUCUCAGCCACGGCACGGUGAACGGACCGGCUACGUUCACCAUCGUCACCAAAGAUGCCGGAGAAGCUUUCCCUGUCUCGUCAGGUGGUUUGUCUCUGGCCGUUGAGGGUCCGUCCAAAGCAGAAAUCAGCUGUAAAGACAACAAAGACGGGACGUGCACGGUGUCCUACAUGCCCACCGCACCUGGAGACUACAACAUCAUCGUCAAAUUUGAUGACAAGCACAUCCCGGGCAGCCCCUUCACCGCCAAGAUCACCGAUGUUUAUUGUCCAGGUGAUGACUCGGUGAGGACAUCCCAGCUCAACGUUGGCACGGCAACAGACGUUUCCUUAAAGAUCACGGAGACGGACCUGACCAGCCUGACGGCGACGAUCCGAGCGCCUUCAGGCCACGAGGAGCCCUGCCUGCUCAAGAGGCUGCCCAACAGACACAUCGGAAUCUCCUUCACACCAAAGGAAGUCGGCGAACACGUGGUGAGCGUGAAGAAGAGCGGGAAGCAUGUGACCAACAGUCCGUUCAAGAUCAUGGUGGGUCAGUCGGAGAUCGGAGACGCCAGCAAGGUGAAGGUUUACGGUCAGGGGCUGGUGGAGGGACACACCUUCGAGGUGUCCGAGUUCAUCGUGGACACCCGGAACGCAGGUUACGGAGGUCUGGGUCUGUCCAUCGAGGGUCCCAGUAAGGUGGACAUUAACUGUGAGGACGUGGACGACGGGACGUGCAAAGUCACCUACUGCCCAACGGAACCUGGAAACUACAUCAUCAACAUCAAAUUUGCCGACCAACACAUUCCAGGAAGUCCGUUCACCGUGAAAAUAUUCGGCGAGGGCCGGAUGAAGGAGAGCAUCACCAGGAAACGCCAAGCCCCCUCCAUCGCCACGGUGGGCAGCACCUGCGACCUCAACCUGAAGAUCCCAGGGAACUGGUUUCAGAUGGUCUCGGCUCAGGAGCGCGUGACCCGGACCUUCACCCGCAGCAGCCACACCUACACCCGGACCGAGCGGACCGAGAUCAGCAAGACCCGGGCCGGCGAGACCAAGAGGGAGGUCCGGGUGGAGGAGAGCACCCAGGUCGGAGGAGACCCCUUCAGGGACGUGUUCGGAGACUUUCUGGGCCGAGAAAGUCUGAGCGGCUUCAGCGGGCCGCCGCUGCAGGACGGUGAGACAGGAAACCAGGAGAUGACGGCUCAGGUGACGAGUCCCGGAGGGAAGACGGACGACGCAGAGAUCAUCAAAGGGGAGGACAGCACCUACAGCGUCCGCUUCAUCCCCCAGGAGAUGGGCCCCCACACGGUCAGCGUCAAGUACAGGGGCCAGCACGUCCCCGGGAGCCCCUUCCAGUUCACCGUGGGGCCCCUGGGGGAGGGAGGAGCCCACAAGGUCCGGGCCGGAGGAACCGGGCUGGACCGGGGGGUGGCAGGAAUCCCAGCCGAGUUCAGUAUCUGGACCCGGGAAGCUGGAGCUGGAGGUCUGUCCAUCGCCGUCGAGGGGCCGAGCAAAGCCGAGAUCACCUUUGAAGACCGGAAGGACGGUUCCUGCGGGGUCGCCUAUGUGGUCCAGGAGCCCGGUGAUUACGAGGUUUCUAUUAAAUUUAACGAUGAACACAUCCCAGACUCCCCCUUCCUCGUCCCCGUCGCCACUCUGUCGGAUGAUUCUCGCCGCCUCACCAUCACCAGCUUACAGGAGAUGGGUCUGAAGGUGGGGCAGGAGGCCUCCUUCGCCGUGCAGUUCAACGGGGCGCGAGGCCUGAUCGAUGCCAAGAUUCACUCGCCAUCAGGGGCCAUGGAGGAGUGUUACAUCACCGAGCUGGACACCGACCAACACGCCAUCAGGUUCAUCCCGAAGGAGAACGGCGUCCACUCCAUAGACGUCCGCUUCAACGGCAGCCACGUCCCCGGAAGUCCCUUCAAAAUCCGAGUGGGAGAGCCGGGACAGGUGGGAGACCCAGGACUGGUGUCGGCCUUCGGACCGGGCCUGGAGGGAGGAACCACAGGCGUGGCGUCGGAGUUUAUCGUCAACACGUGUAACGCCGGCGCUGGCGCUCUGUCAGUGACGAUCGACGGACCGUCCAAGGUGAAGAUGGACUGCCAGGAGAGUCCGGAGGGCUACACAGUCUCCUACACCCCCCUGGCUCCCGGGAACUACCUGAUCUCCAUCAAGUAUGGGGGACCCCAACACAUCGUGGGCAGCCCCUUCAAAGCCAAAGUCUCAGGACCUCGUUUAUCCGGCGGACACAAUCUUCACGAGACGUCGUCCGUGCUGGUGGAAACCGUCACCAAGACCUCAGCGAUGGCCGGCGCCUUCGCCUCCCUGCCCAAGUUCUCCUCGGACGCCAGCAAGGUGCUGCCCCGCGGGGCCGGGCUGUCGAAGGCCUUCAUCGGCCAGAAGAACACCUUCACGGUGGACUGCAGCAACGCAGGAACCAACAUGCUGAUGGUGGGGGUCCACGGGCCCCGGGCGCCCUGCGAGGAGGUCUACGUCAAGCACAUGGGCAACCGCAUGUACAACGUCACCUACACCGUCAAGGAGCAGGGCAGCUACAUCCUGAUCGUCAAGUGGGGGGACGAGCACGUCCCGGGGAGCCCCUUCCACGUCACUGUCCCCUGAGACCGGACUCUGGUCCCCCCCCACCCCCCCCACCACCACUCCACCUCCUCCUCCAUGCACUGAAGACUUUCACUUCCUGUUCUGGGAGAGUUUUUUCCCACUUUGUGCCAAAGUUUCCCGUGUUUUUCUGAUUUCUUGCGCUAGCUAGCCGUUUCCAUGGCGACGACGUCCCGUUCAUUUUAUAUCCGACACACAAAGCAGGAGAUUAUAUCGUCGGCAGGAACGAGUUCCGUCUUGUAUCGUAUUUUCCAUUUUUAUCCAGUAAAUGUUUCAUGUGCUCGAGUAAAAUAAUCCACCUUUGGUUCGCCGCGCUCUUAUUUUGAAAGGUCGUAGAACUGCCUGUAGAGACGGAUCUGAUCGUCGUCUUCCACUCGUCCGAUUUCCAGGUUAUACAGGUGACAUUUUUAUUUUUAUUCUUUAUUUCAUUCAUUAAAAGAAAAACAAAACAGUUCAAUAUAAUUACAACAGAUCUUUCCUUGAAUGAAAGGGAACAGAAAGAAGACUAAGCUUAUUUUAUCUGUCCCUUUUUCCUAAGAAAUCAAAUUUCAAUUAAUGUAAUAAUAAAAAAAACAAAAACAAAUUAUGCAAUUAAAAAAAAAACACUUACCAAAUACCCUAAAUAUUCCACGUACCAGUAGGCCCCGCCCCCUCGAACACAGCUGAGCCAAUGGCUGUUGAGCAUCAGUUCCACAGGGACCAGAACUCGGACAUCUGUAGUUUCCAGGUCCAGAGGAAACAGAACCUCCUGAACUCUCAUCUGUUUUAUGGCGUUUAAAUCAAAACCUGUUAAAUCAAGUCGGUUUUGGAUGAAACGGCCAACUUGAUCCUUUUGUUUAACCGUCUCAGGUUAGUUAGCGACAGAAACUAAGGGGGCGGGGCUCGCUGCCACGUCCUGAUGAUGUCGUCCUUUUUCUUUUCCGUCUCAUAAAACAUAUCCGAGGAUUAUUAACCACAAAAUUUACUUUAACUGGAAGUUGUUCUGUGAGAGUAGCGGUACCGGCCCGGACCACACGGGGCAGCGUAUCGCCUCACGGUUCAAUCGCGGUUUGUCAAUCACUCGGCAGACGAGCGUCCUGACUCGCAGAGGGUUGAACGAGUUUCCCGCGUCGUCUCCUACGAUCGGGGCGGCGGCUAAACCGGCUCUCCCCUCAGAACCAGAACGAACCCAGCUGUGACUUUUUUAUUUAUUCUCUCCUUCGAUUUUCUUUGACAGAAAAUGGUCUUACGUUUGUACGGAAGAGUAUUAGGGCCAGGCAGGAGAAAAAAUAUUUGAGAGGGGAAGAUUUUUUUUUUUAUUGUGCACUUCGAGAAAAAAGCCGAAAUAUCGAGAGAAAAAAGUUGAAAUGUCGAGAUUAAUGUUGAAAUACAAUUUCAAGAAUAAAGUUGAAAUUCCGUGAAUAAAGUUGAAAUACAUUGUACUUCAACAUUGUUCUCGACAUUUUGACUUUUUUCUCGAUAUUUCGACUUUUUUCUCAAAAUUUCAACUUUUUUCUCAACAUUUUUUUACUUUUUUCUCGAAAUUGUAUUUCAACAUUAAUCUUGAAAUUUCGACUAUUUUCUCGACAUUUCGACUUUUUUUUCAACAUUUCGACUUUUUUCUCGAAAUUGUACUUCAACAUUAAUCUCGGCAUUUCGACUUUUUUCUCCACAUUUCAAGAAUAAAGUUGAAAUACGUUGUACUUCAACCUUACUCUCGGACAUUUCGACUUUUUCUCGACAUUUCGACUUUUUUCUCGAAAUUGUACUUCAACAUUAUUCUCGACAUUUUGACUUUUUUCCGACAUUUUGACUUUUUUCUCAACAUUUAGACUUUUUUCUCAACAUUUCGACUUUUUUCCUCAACAUUUUGACUUUUUUCCGACAUUUUGACUUUUUUCUCAACAUUUUGACUUUUUUCUCGAAAUUGUACUUCAACAUUGUUCUCGACAUUUCGACCAUCUCAAGUUUUUUCCGACAUUUCAACUUUUUUCUCGACAUUUUGACUUUUUUCUCGACAUUUCGACUUUUUUCUCGAAGUGCAUAUUAAAAAAAAAAUCUUCCUCUGCUAAAAUAUUAUUUUUGUUUUUCUCCUGCCUGGCCCUGAUCCUCUUCCGUACGUUUGAGCGGGAAGGUGGCAGAGUUUAGGCCCGACCCUCCGGGGAAGGGGGCGGGGCGUCCCACGCCGAGGGAUUUUAUAGUGUUUUGUAUGUAACCAGAAGGAUGAGUGAACAGUGUGUGUGAUUUGUAACCUUCAGUACGGCAACAUUGUGCAGGCAUAAUAAAAUAAAACCUUUAAAACUC